AUGCUCAGUCAGGCGACGCUGGACAUCAUCGGCCUCGCCCAGUUCAACUACAGCUUCGACUCGCUCGAGGGUGGAAAGCCAAACGAGCUCAACGAGGCGAUGGCGACCAUGUUCAGCGCGACGGAGGGGUCGCACUUUUGGACGCUCCUCCAGGCUCGCAUCCCGAUCUUGCGGAAGAUCCCAACCGAGCGUGAUCGUACUAUCGAGUAUGCACAGAACACGAUGAAGUGCAUUGGCUAUGCCCUCAUCUCUGAGCGAAAGGCGGCUAUCCGUGCUGAGAAGCACGGAGCGCACGUCGAGAAGGGCAACGUACAAGGACGUGAUCUUCUCAGUCUCCUGAUCAAGUCGAACAUGGCGGUUGACAUUCCGGAAGAGCAACGUCUGAGUGACCACGACAUCCUUUCCCAUGCAGAUCCCGACGUUCAUGGUCGCCGGCCACGAAACGACGUCAACCGGUACCACCUGGGCCCUCUUUGCGCUCACUCAGAACCAAGAUGUCCAAUGCAAGCUCCGCGAGGAAUUGCUUUCCCCGACACCCCGACCAUGGAAAAAUUGAACGCGCUACCCUACCUCGAUGCCGUGAUCCGGGAGACGCUGCGCGUGCACGCCUCAGUGAGCGCCACGACUCGGUUCGCGAUGAAGGACGAGGUGAUUCCAGUCAGCGAGCCCUACACGGACAAGGACUACCAGCCGUAA